AUGGAACCAAAGAAGAAGGAAAAGAACCAACCAAAUGAAUUAUUUAUGAAUAUGUGUAAACCAGUGCAGGCAAAUCGUUUAGCCCGAGUCACUGAAGUCAGUGAAUCAGAUUUUGAUAUAAGUGAACAAGAAGAAAUCUCCAGUGACGAUGACAACGAUGAUGAUGAUAAUGAUGACGACGAUGAUGAUUUAGAUGAUACCGAUGAAUCAGAUGCAUUCAGUGAUGACUCGAUGUUAAGUAAUACAUCAUACGAUAAUACUAAUAAACGAUAUCAAAGCGGUGAUGUCGGUAAGAAAUUAAACAAAGACGUUUCAUGUCAAAUGAAUACCAGUCAACUGGGAAAUACACAAUUCCUGCGUUUAGAGCGAAUGAGAGCUGAGUUAGAAGAAGAGUUGGGCUUUGAAUUGUUAAUUAAAGCCUACAAUGUGAUCCAGGCAUUACAAGAGGAUGAAGAUGAAACGAUUACAGAAAGUGAACAAAUUAUCAGUAGUGUAUUAGGCGAAGAAAAAGCAAAGUUUAUUAUGAUCGUAUACUUCAACUAG